GAGUGUUUAUAAAAUUUCAAGGAAUGAUGAUACAUUAUAAUUUUUGAAAGUGUAUGAGUAUUGUAAAAGCAGUUCAAGAAAAAAAAACUUUUGCACACUUGUGAGACUAGGCAAGUGCCGUAAAAGAGUGCUCAAUUCCGUUAAAUGUUCCAAAAGAAGGAAUAACUAAUUUCAGAAAAAAAAAAUGUUUCAGAGGUUUUCUGUUGUUGUGUGUUUCUGUGCUGCACUAUCCAUGACUGUUGCACUCAAGUGUUUCAGAUGUGGAAAGUACACGCCAGAUGGCGCUGGUUCUGUGAUCCCUUGUUACAGUUACAAUGAAACUGACCUUAAAGAAUGCCACAAAAAGGACAGAUAUUGUCUAAAGUAUCUAAAUGAAGGAAUUGUAGUCAGAGAUUGUGCUCAUGAGUGUAAAUCGGGAGUUCAAGAGUUGUCAGAAUUUUUCUGCUGUCAAGAAGACGGUUGCAACACUGCUCCUGAAUUUGGUCGAGCAUGGACAUUGUGGCACAUGUUAUCUAUUGUCUUUCUAACAUGGUGCAUGACGUAG